AUGCUUUACUUCCAGCUGGUGAUCAUGGCAGGCACCGUCAUGCUGGCGUACUACUUCGAGUACACGGACACUUUCAACGUCCACGUUCAGGGCUUCUUCUGCUACGACAACGCGUACACGAAGCCGUACCUGGGGCCCGAGGAGGCGAGCGCCGUGCCCCCUGUCCUGCUCUACACUGUGGUGGCCGGUGUGCCCUCGCUGCUGAUUACAGCCACAGAGUCAGUGCUGUUCCUGCUGCAGUACAUCUCGGAGGAUCUGGAUAACAGAGAGAAGAUCAUAGUGAUGGGAGACUGCUGUUACCUUAACCCUCUGGUGCGGAGGACCUUUCGCUUCCUUGGUGUGUAUGCGUUUGGCCUCUUUGCCACUGACAUCUUUGUGAAUGCGGGUCAGGUGGUGACGGGGAAUCUGUCGCCUUACUUCCUGACCGUCUGUAAGCCCAACUACACGGCUCUGGGAUGCCAGCACGGGGUUCGCUUCAUCAGCCAGCAGGAAGCAUGCACAGGGAACGGUGACGACAUCCUGCGCGCCCGCAAAUCCUUCCCUUCCAAAGAAGCCGCCCUCAGUGUCUACGCUGCCCUUUACGUCGCUAUGUACAUCACAUGCACGGUGAAGGCCAAAGGCACGCGGCUGGCCAAGCCUGUGCUGUCCCUCGGGCUCAUGUGUCUGGCCUUCCUAACGGGGAUUAACCGCGUGGUGGAGUACCGAAACCACUGGUCUGAUGUCAUCGCCGGCUUCAUCAUCGGGGGAGCCAUCGCAGUCUUUAUGGUGGUCUGCGUGGUGAAGAACUUCAAAGGGAAGCCGCUGCUGGGUGAGAUUCCACCGGAGGAAAACGUUUCCAGCGCUCCCAUGCUCGGCCAGCCCAGGAUGGAGCACACCAUGGAGAAAUACAUAUCCUCACAGAGUCCCAUCACCUACGCCGAGGUCACAUGA